ACACAUCCAUGAGCAGAGAUCACGAGACCACGGACUCCUAGUCUUGUGCUCUCGUCAGAACGGAACUCGUGAACGAUGGCGUCUCGCGGAAAGCUGAUUUCGAUUAUUGGUGAUGAGGAAACCUGCGUCGGUUUCCUCAUGGGAGGCAUCGGCGAGAUGAACAAGGAGCGACAACCAAAUUUCAAGGUUGUCGAUAAAGACACCCCCGUGUCGGAGAUUGAGGAAACGUUCAAAACGUUCGUCAAGCGCUCCGAUAUAGCCAUCAUCCUCAUAAAUCAGAAUGUUGCCGAGAUGAUCCGUCAUGAAAUCGACAAACACACUUCUUCGAUCCCCGCCGUGCUGGAGAUCCCCUCGAAGGAUGCUCCCUACGAUCCGAGCAAGGACUCGAUCCUCAAGAGAGCUAAGGGAAUGUUCGGAGGUAGUGAUUGAACGAUUCAUCUUAAGGUGUGAGUUCUGUUAUUGCGAGGUGAAUGAUUCCGCGGGAAGAUGUGACGCUUAGAUAGGUUCCUAGAGGCUUCACAUGGAUAACUUCGAAGCGAACGAGUGUAUGGUCUUUGGUUGGAGAUUUCCGAGCUCAGCUUUCCACCUUCGUUCACGCCGGAAAAUAAAUGUGAUAUCUUAGAGUUUCAACCCGAGUCUCUCUGACUGAUUCGCUUGUUCGUUAUGAAUCGACAUUCCGCGCUACCGCCUGUGCGCGGAGCUCAUGAGAAAUUAAAGUUCAUUCUGUUAUGA